GCACAUUCACAAAACUUGUUGUUAUUCGACAUCAGCUUACGUGUUUCUUAAAAGUUUAGGCUGUAUUGCUGUAAAGACUGAAAACCAUUGAAUAAUAAUAUUAUCUGAGAAGAUCAAGAAAUGAAGCAAAGUUUGCAAUUAUUUGUGUCGUUGGCGCUGUUUCUGUUGUCAAAAUUAUUCAUUGAAGCUCAGUGUAAAAGUGUUUUCAGGCGUGACACGUACGCUUUAAAGGAGAACUGUCUCUUUUAUUUUUCCACCAACGACGACCAUCGCUUAGAGAAGGAUUUCGACUGCUACGCCAAUACAACGCAUGAAGAGGCCACACCUAUCAUCACUAAAGCCGAGACCAAGUUGGACACCCACUCGGACCUCCGGGUCCGUCUACAUUUAGCCGAUGGGGACAGCUACCGUCCCGAAGUCUUCCAGCCAAUCGCCGAGAAGAUUAUUAUAUUCGGCCUAUUCGGUUGCCAAUCGUCUACCGUCACCACGAAACUCCCAUCGCUAGAAUUCACGAACAUGGAACGAUUCAGUCUCCAGGAUUGUCCAGCUCUGCAGAUAAAAAAGACAGAUUUCAGUCCGUUUAAGGAGCUGAAAGUGAUUUAUUUUGCCAAGUCAACCAUUGCAUCCUUGGAGGCGGGGACGUUUUUUGAUUUGCCAAAUUUAUUAGUACUGGGCUUAGAGUUUGGGUGGGGCUUUGAGAAGAGCUUUACCACAGAACAAAAUGCACAGCUGAAGAAACUGCAUUGUGACUGCGACAGCAAAUGGUUUUGGGGUGGACUGAAAGGUAAAGCGUUUGGGAAUAUUACAGAUGGACAAGAGCAGUGGCUGGUACCGGUAGAUUGCUCCAAGAACCAAUGGAAUCCAAGUGACAUUACAUGGAACCAGACGGAAAUCACCAUUAACAAGCUUUGUUGAAGUACAGCACGUUCCUUAAUUCUAAUUUUUAGCCCUAUUAUACCGAAUACAUUCUUUGCCGUUUUGGCUUUUAUGAUACUUAUACCUCUCCAUAGCGGCUUUUUAAACCGCAGUUUUCCUUCCUUUACUGAUGUGCAGACUGCAUGCAGAUGUAUAGAAAAAUCAAAGGUGUAUCAAUAAACGUCUUGGUUUUACUG